AGACUACACCCAGCUCAGUGUUUUUGGUUUCUUGCUUUUCGGAUUACGUCUGCGAACGAUAGGCCGGAUUUAUCGUCACUCCACAAUUUGAGCGGAGAUGAACGGACGUGCUCUACCACCGUCCAUACCCGAAGACGGGGAAGUCUGGGACCACGUUCCGCACGGCAGGAUGAACGGUUACCGUCAAAGGUUUGGGGAGGCCGAGGGCAGUGAGGCAGAAGUCCCGGUGUCAAAGUCCCAAAGGCGGAAGAGCGACGUCAAAGUCUACAAGGAGUUUUGCGAUUUUUACGCUCGCUCCAACAUGGCCAACGCGCUGGCCAACGCCAUGUGUGAGCGCUGCAAGAGUGGCUUCGCCCCGGCGGAGAAGAUCGUCAACAGUAACGGCGAACUCUACCACGAGCAGUGCUUCGUGUGCGCCCAGUGUUUCCAGCAGUUCCCAGAGGGACUCUUCUAUGAGUUUGAAGACAGGAAGUACUGUGAACAUGACUUCCAGAUGCUCUUCGCUCCGUGCUGCCACCAGUGUGGGGAGUUCAUCAUCGGCCGUGUCAUCAAGGCCAUGAACAACAGCUGGCAUCCAGAAUGUUUCUGCUGCGACAUCUGCCAGGCCGUGCUGGCCGACGUGGGAUUUGUGAAGAACGCCGGAAGGCACCUGUGUCGUCCGUGCCACAACCGGGAGAAAGCGCGAGGGCUGGGCAAGUACAUCUGUCAGAAGUGUCACGCCAUCAUCGAGGAGCAGCCCCUCCUCUUCAAGAAUGACCCCUACCACCCUGACCACUUCAACUGCAACAACUGUGGGAAGGAGCUGACCGCCGACGCCCGGGAGCUGAAGGGAGAACUCUACUGUCUGCCCUGUCACGACAAGAUGGGGGUCCCCAUCUGCGGGGCCUGCAGGAGACCCAUCGAGGGCCGCGUGGUCAACGCCAUGGGCAAGCAGUGGCAUGUGGAGCAUUUUGUGUGUGCAAAGUGUGAGAAACCCUUCCUGGGACACCGUCACUACGAGCGCAAGGGCCUGGCGUACUGUGAGACCCACUACAACCAGCUCUUUGGAGAUGUUUGCUACCACUGCAACCGUGUCAUCGAAGGAGAUGUGGUGUCGGCCCUCAACAAGGCUUGGUGUGUCAACUGCUUCUCUUGCUCCACCUGCAACACCAAGCUCACACUCAAGGAUAAGUUUGUGGAGGUGGACCUGAAGCCGGUGUGCAAGUACUGCUACGAGCGUCUCCCAGACGACAUGAAACGCCGCCUGGCAAAGCGUGAGCGAGACUCCAAGGAGAAAAAGAAGAAACCUUUGAUUCCCAUGAACAAGUUUGUGGAGUUUGACAUGAAGCCAGUCUGCAAGAAGUGCUAUGAGAAGUUCCCUCUGGAGCUGAAGAAGAGACUGAAGAAGUUGUCUGAAACCCUGGCCAGGAAGUAAACACCCAUUAUGAUGUCACUGAUGAUGCUCUUCUAUGUUCAUUGUCACACAUGAUGAUGUCACUGAUGAUGCUCUUCUAUGUUCAUUGUCACACAUGAUGAUGUCACUGAUGAUGCUCUUCUAUAUUCAUUGUCACACAUGAUGAUGUCACUGAUGAUGCUCUUCUAUAUUCAAGGAGUCCAAAGAAAAAUGAAGAAAACACGUUUUUGUUCAAAGGGGAACUGCCCUUUUUUUAAAAUGCUGUCUAUCAUUCACAAUCUUUAUGUAAGACCAGAACACAUUUCUCUAUUUUUAUGCAUUCUAAGUCGUAAAUAAACACUAGCAAAAGUCAGCUAACAAUGCAGCUAAUGGGGGGUACUUGAUUCAUAAAGUUCUCUAAAAAAAACAUCCAAAAACCACCAACAAUACUCUAAUUUACAUGUCAUGACUAGGGCUGCAACUAACCAUUAAUUUGAUCAUCGAUUAAUCUGUCGAUUAUUACUUCGAUUAAUCGAUUAUUAAUCGGAUAAAACACACAAACUACAUUUCUAUCCUUUCCAGUAUUUUAUUGGAAAAAAAAACAGCAUAAUGCCACCAUACUUAUUUUGAUUAUUGUUUCUCAGUUGUUUGUACAUGUUGCAGUUU